UCUGUACCAUCUAUCCAUCCGUCCAUCCUCGUCAUCAAAUGGUCCGUUACUAUAAGAACGACAACCGACCGUUUAAAUGGCUGUGGGAAAUGGCUGCCUUCAUGGAGAAGAAAAGGCCGAGCGAGGAGGAAGACGAAGACUCCGUGACAGCGGCGGUGGCGGAGGAGGAUGCGAAGGGAUGGUCCGACCGGAGGUGGCGCGGUCGGGGCGGUUGCGGCGGCGGAGUGACGCUGGAAGGAUUCGUCUUGGGCGCGGCGGGGAACGGCGAGGGAGGGAAGACGAGGAGGAGCCUGACGGAUGAGGACCUGGAGGAGCUCAAAGGGUGCCUCGACCUGGGGUUCGGGUUCAGCUACGAGGAGAUCCCUGAGCUCCGCAACACCCUCCCGGCGCUGGAGCUCUGCUACUCCAUGAGCCAGAUGUUACGCCUCGACGAUCCGAACCAACAGAUGUCUUCGGAGAAUUCCCCCCUUCUCGCCCAUUGGAGGAUCUCCAGCCCUGGUAAGCUUGGUCCUCUCGUUUCCCUCCCAGUGAUUCCAGCAAUUUGGAGGAUGGACAAAGACGAUUCAGUUUUGCCUCGAUUGAUUUAUCUCUUCGUCGUGCUCGAUACUCCCCACAAGCUAUUUAAAACUUUGAUGCUUUGAUUUUUCUACUAGAAUCGAAGGGUGAAAGACUAUUUUGUUUCUACAAUUUUGCCCUAAGUCAACUUCCGCCAUUAAAUGCGUAAAAGUUGCAGCUUUUCUUAUUUUCUUCUAAAUCUCGACAUCUGAUCCUACUAAUGUUGCAACAAAUCAUGGUUCAUGCUACUUUGCCUUUUGAGACGAUCCAGAUGAAGUUAAAGCAAGACUCAAGUAUUGGGCACAAACAGUAGCAUGUACUCUACGGUUAUGCAGCUGAAGUUGUGCCUGUCCUUUAAAGUUCAUCUACAUUCGGAAGAAGCAAGAUCCAUGCAAUCCGCUGUAAGAGCUAUCCUCUAGUGUUUAGAAUCAAUGCUGAAGAUGGCAACUAAAGUCCCUUCACAAUAAACAGAGAUGAAUAAAAGUAAUGGUUCAUUAUAACCUCUGAGGAAGAAUAACUCUACAAGUUCAUGUACUAUGCAUGCCGAAUAAAUGAUUCUUCUUCUUAUAAAUGCUGUCCAUGUACCUAAGUGGUGAUCCAUUGGUAAUUUGUGUUCAUGUUGAUGAAUCUGUAGACUAGUUUUGGUUCAUGGUCUUGUUUUUAUCAUGGCUAUCAUAGUUCAGUUAGCAGGUGCCUGAACUCUGAAGCUUGGGAGCUCCCAAUUCUAUACUGGUCGGGAUCUAGAAGGAAAGCCAUUGGGUUAAUUUCUUUUCCCAUAUCUUCCUCAGGAAAACUUGAGACUCCUCAGCGACUAAGGAAACAGUAUCAUUGCAGAUUCAAGCUUCUGGUUGGCAUGAUCUAAUUGAGACUGAAAGGAGAUUUGCAUAUAUACUCAAUGCUGAACAAAUCCAGGUUUGAUCCAACCACAGAAAGAACCUUGUUGAUACUCAAAUAAUCUUGAAAUGGUAGCUUCAAUGUUUAUACUAUUAUAUCAUAAAUCACUUAGAGUUGGAGGUGUAAGAGGUAAGGGAGACUGAGUAAAAUAUAGUUAGCGUAAAAGCAGUCUAAAAGAUUCGAAUAUUGUUAGUGAUUGCCUUGUGAAGAAUUUAUUGGAGCGACCCAAAUAGUUGGGACUAAUGAUGAUAUGUUGUGUUUCAGCCAUUAGAGUAGGGUCACUUGUUCUAUGAUGAUUCAAAUCUAAACUCAGAUGAAUAAUCAGCUUACGAACAUCUUCAGAUUGCUUCCAUGGAAAUAAAAGGUAUUUUUUCGUUUAAGCUAUGAGACUAUAGAAUGAAAAGAACAUCUGUGAUCAGCAAUACUGAUGGUUACCUUCCGAAGAUGCAUGAACAAUAAAAUUGGCAGAUGAAGGAGAAUAAUGACUUCUUGACAGUUUACAAGAUGAAAACAAGAUUACUAUUUUGUGUCGAUACUGGAACAUUCUUCCUAACAUGUGUUUAAUUUGUGAAAAUCAUAAGAUGGUCUCUCAUGAUAGGAACGCUUGAAGUGAUAUAAACUUUGUAGUUUUGUAGACAGAGAAGAAAGAAUUGUAUUUAACACAUGUCUAUGAUACAGGAAACAACUUGAAAGUAGAAGACAAGUAAGAAUUUGCUGAAGACAAAUUGAUUGAAUAGGAUUUCGAGGAAUCUUCAUCCUUUUUUUUUUGGGUGGUUCGAAGAUAUCUUGAAAUAAAUGUAGAUGAUUCUCUCAAAACCAAAUUGUCGAAAACAAAAUCUGAAAACAUGAGGAGAAGAAAUUUUGAGUUUUCGUGUCUGAUCUAUGAUUCAUGGAUACUCUUAAUAUUUAGAACUAAUAACAAAUGCUUCUGGGGUAAUUCUUCAUUUGAAUUUUUUUAAUCUGUUAUAUGGAAACAUUACAAGGAAAGCAAAGAUGGAGAAUAUUUUAAAUUCUUCAUUGGAUAAAUGUUUUAUAAUUCUUUUGUAAAAUUUGUUUUUUUAUCUAUUUUUAUUCAGGAAAUAGAGUUUAAAGGUUGUAAAGCAUUUUAUUAUAAAGUAGU